CGCACCCUCCCUGCCUGCGGGUGUCCGCCGCCUCUCUUUCCCACUCUCCCACAAAUACUAGCUACUUCACCCUCAGAUCGGUAGAGACAACGGCUGUGCACCGAUUGUAAAGCGCAGGUCAGCAGGGGUCAUGAGGGUGUCGGAGGCCCCGGUUGCUGUUCGGAGCAGCUGAAGCAGACAUGGGCAAAGAAGUCUUGGAUGGCAUCGGUAGGCUCCGCCUCAUCGACUUCACCAGCCACUUCCUCCUUCGCCACAACCACCACUGGCUACGCAACAAGUUCUGUGUAUUCACCGACAUCUCCCAGUAAGACUUUGCAAUGAGAAUGUCCGAUACAGUAGACAGUGAAACGAUGAAGGUUUCCGAAGUUGCAGACAGAGUAUCGUCUCCAAAAGACAAUGCCACCAAGUCAGAGACUUCUGACCACAGCCAGAGCAGAAGAGAUGAACACGGCAGCAACAAUAAGAGGGAUGUACAGGAUGGAUUCCCUCUUCAGCCCUUUGAAAAGGAAGAACGAGCUGCAAAGGACCAAGCUGAGAAAGAGCACAGCUGUGACAAGGUGGACAAACCAGAGAAAACACCACGAAAAAUGCUGUCAAGAGAUUCCAGUCAAGACUACACAGAUUCAACAGGCAUAGAUCUCCAUGAGUUCCUCGUCAACACACUGAAGGGCAAUCCAAGGGAUCGAAUCAUGCUACUGAAGCUAGAACAAGACAUCUUGGACUUCAUCAGCAAUAAUGACCAGGAGAGGAAGUUCCCACCUAUGACGUCCUACCACAGGAUGCUGUUACACCGCGUGGCAGCCUACUUUGGCAUGGACCAUAAUGUGGACCCCAGUGGAAAGUCAGUGGUCAUCAACAAAACCACCAACACUCGAAUACCCGAUCAGAAAUUCUCAGAGCACAUCAAGGAUGACAGGGCGGACGAUUUUCAGAAACGCUACAUUCUCAAACGAGACAACUCCAGCUUUGAUCGCGAAGACAGCACGAUUCGAAUGCGUUUGAAAGCUGACAAGAGGAGCAAAUCGAUGGAGGAGAGGGAGGAGGAGUACCAGCGAGCCAGAGAAAGGAUAUUUGCACAUGAUGGCGAUCAUUUCAUUCUAGACAGAAGUGCUCAGGAUGAAGACGCAUGCAUGAGCACCCAACAGAGGCGGCAAAUGUUCAGGUUAGGGGCCGGCCGGCCAGGUGCCAGCCGGCAGAGCAGCUCGGAGACUGAAACGCUGCCCCGGCAUGGCGAACCUCGGCCGUGGAGCAGCACAGACAGCUCAGAUAGUUCCAACCGACUCGCCCCACGGCCUGCCAUCACCAAGGCCAGCAGCUUCAGUGGUAUUUCCCCCGGCCUCGUGCGAGGGGACAGUACAGCCAGCAGCAAGAGCACCGGGAGGCUCUCCAAGACAGGUUCAGAAUCAUGUAGUAGCGUUGGGUCCUCGUCCAGUUCUCUGUCCCGUCCCCAGUUGCCUCUCCCGGUUUCAGCCUCAACCCGAUCCACCAUCCCCAGCACGCCCGUUAUUCACCCCACUGCUGACACUAGAGGCUCUGGACACCCUGAGAUGAUCAAGAGUGUCCCUUCACAGCCAUUACCAGCCAAUGAUGCUACCAACUACUAUGUAUUGCCGCUGGAAGCCUCAGGGAUCCCACCUGGCAGUGUCCUGGUCAACCCACACACAGGCAAGCCUUUCAUCCAUCCUGAUGGCACUGCUGUAUUUUAUAACCCAGCCGCCAUCACCCACGCUGUGGGUAGGAAUCCACAGCAGGGGAAAACCCCACAGCAACCAAUCACUGGUGCAAGCCAGCAACAGCCAACCAAUCACCUCCAUGCACAGCCAAUCUGUCCUUCUCUUCAGCCGUCCUCUGAGCUUGUCCACAACCCAACGGUCUCUUAUCCUCUUCCUCCUCCUCUUCCUCCUUCUCAGUUCCUGCCCGUCUGUCCUAACCAACAGUACACUGUGCCUGAAGCCCUGAAUGCCCAGUUCAGUCACAUGAGUCUGACACAGCCACCGCCACCCCCACCCGGCGACAGCAGCGCCUCAGCUCCAGACGCCCGCCAUUAUCCGACUGUAUACCACCACCACCACCCGUCGUCUGUGGUGCUGCAGGGAGCGCCUCCUCAGCAGGUCGCCGGCUAUGUGGUAGCAGGGCCAUCGGGGGGACAUGCAGGGAUGCUGCCGGGUCAGCCUGUCCCGCUGCCAACCCCCGGCCCAAACCACGCUUAUUCGAACACCAACCCGGGGCCUGGUGCCUUCUCUGGGUCCGUGCUGAACCAGCCCCUCCUCCAACAACACACCUACAUCCAACAGCCUGUCCAACAGGUGUCCACGUGUUACUGCUCCUCUGCCCACCACCCACACUGCUCCAGCCAGCAGCAACACUACCGGCCCCCUGUCAACCCGCUGCCCUAUAACUGCCCUCAGAGCCAAAACCUGCCCCAGCAACAAGUGCACCAAGCCGUGAUGCCAAACCCAGCGUCCAGCUACCAGACCGUAGUGGGCGUGCAGCCAACACCCAACCUCGCUCUCACUGGCAACCAGCAAAGCAAUAUGGGAAACCAGAUGCAAGGCAUGAUGGUCCAGUACCCUCCAAUGCAGUCUUAUCAGCAGGUUUCAGUGCCACAGCAGACAUACCAGCAGCCAAUGUUUGUGUCCUGCCAGCCAGGACAGGGAGCUGUGGCUGUUGCCGGCAUGCAGCCCUGCUACAGCCUUCUCCCACCCAACCAGCACACCACCAUGAGUUCAACAGUGAGUUUCCUGCCUGCGCCAAUGAUGGAGCAGCUCCAGUUUCCUCAGAACUCCUCCCCCUGUGUCUCCCAGCAGCACCCGGGCCAGCAGUAUGCAGGGCUGUUACCCCCGGCCCCCGGCAGCGGCAUGGUGAUGCUGCAGAUGACAGCGCCCCCCUGCCAGCAGCCUCGGGCCCCCUCCCCCUGCCAGAGGAAACAGCCGAGCCACAAACACCCAGGCCCCGAACACCAGCGAAGCCGCAGGCCCGCCGAGCUCCCCCCACCUCCAGACAACCCCCAGAGCAGCCUGCCCUCGUCCCCGGCACUCACACCUUCGCCAGGCCAGCAGCCCAGCGUCAAGGGCCUCCCAUCAGGCAUCUCACCCAUCCCUGUCAUGGCCCACCACCCGCACCACCACCCACAUCUCCCUACAGCCUUCUGCCACAGUGGACAAGGUGAAGCGCACUACUCUCUACUGGGUCAACCUCUGCAGUACAAACCCUCCAUCAGACCUCCGCUGAUCCACACUGCCCACAUGGUGACAAAACACCAGGGUCCACUGGGGGUUUGGCGUAGCAGUCAUGGGAGGAGGGCCGGCAGAAAAUCUGUGUCUUCAGAUCUCAGUGUAGGUGAAGCAGUGAGCAGUCAGAUCCUGGAAGUGACAGAUCCUCCGGAGGGGAUCAGCUGUACAGACUCGCACCACCUCCUGGCAGCGCUCUGCAAAGGAGGCGAAUUGAUCCAACAGCUGACGGACCAUCAGCCCUGGUUGCGCACCACGAUCAGAGACUCUCCCAGGGGGGAGCUGCACACCAGUGACCUGGCGUCAUCAUACUCUAUCUUUGCCAUGCUUCCCUCCAGAUACGCUGUCCAGAGCACAGCGCUCCACCACAGCGGCUCCCAGACCACCUUUAAACUCCGAACUGGUACCAGACACAAAGGGGAGCUGUGUGACUCGGACAAAGCCAGCUCAUAGCUGCUAAGUUCUUGGUGUACCUAAGGGGCGCCAACUGAAUGCACAUCAACCACCUGCCUCUGCUGCCUCAGUCUGGACUGUCCGUUAAAGUCCCAGACUCUGUCCAAAAACAAAAAUCGAAUCAAAUGUUUGAAGAAUGAAUGUUAAACUUUUAUUUUGUUUUAGUUUCUUUUACCAUUUCUCUGGCCAACAGGUCUGUGCAGAGCGAGAGCCAAGCACUACCUAAUAUCAGUACGGUUUUGUUUGUAAAAUGUGGCUGCUAUAAACAUGUCUGCUCUAUUAGUCAGAUGACCCCUCUCUAUUAAAGAGAUUUCUGUUUGAAUUAAAAUGUUUGGCGAGCUCUCAGAUUAUUUUCCUGACAAGAAAUAUUUGACUCCACUGUGGUUGUUUUAAAAGCAGGUGUAUGAGUGUCACCGCACUAAAUUGAGGAUUUAAUAGACAUGUUUUCACGUUCAGGAAUGUUCUGUAGCCACUGUUAAAAUGUAAAAUUUGGGUUUCAUACAAUAUUAUGAUCAUAUUCUAUAUAUUCAUAUGAGUGUGUUUUAUUUUCUUUUACUUUUUAUUCGUCUGAAUAAAAAGCUUGGUCCCGUUUGCUGACUCCAUUCAUCACAUAAAAGUAACCUGAGCAUUUGACACGUUUAUCUCAUGUUAGCAAACACAUGAAUGGGUGUCUUUUGUUGUUGGAGCUUUUCACUGCUCCUGUUUAGCUUCCUCACAUCAAACUCCAAACUAUAACACACAGUGGCACUAGUACAAUGUGAGCCCAUACAAUAAACACUGAAUAAUAGAUGUACUACCUUAAUUAUUUAAAGUCACUUUUAUACACAGUGAAUGUUGCAUUUGCACUGAUGUGAUGAACAAGAUGGAGAUCUGAUGGGUAUUGGACAGGGCCUGGAUUUUUCUUUUAAUAGCCCCCUGUACCUGUUUGUUGCACUCAGCCAGGCCGCUUUCUUUUAUAUUUAAUUAAAAUGUUUAUAUGCACAAGAAAAAUGCAAUCGAGUUUGUCAAUCUACUUUGCUUCUUUUUUUUUUUUUUUUUUUUUUUUUUUUUUUUUAUGUUUGUUUGUUUGUGUGAAUUCAUGAGAGGUGUUCUGUGUCUGGUGUGACUUUCUGUCUGAAUCUAAUAAAUGUUUGCACCAC